AUGGAGAAGAGAGCUCAGGCCACUGAGUCUCUCAUUCAAACAUCGAGUGGCCAAGUGGCCCUCGAUCAUGCUGUUCUAGCUGCCGAGCUGUACAUGCGAGCCGCUGGGGAGGCUGCUAAUAAGAAGGAUGCUGCACGUCUGCGACUGAAAUGUCAACAACUCAUAGCCCAGGCAGAGAAGCUCAAAGCCCAGCUCAACCAAACACCAAGCAUCUUGUUGCAAACCUCGCGCCUGCAUGCAAAUCUUUUCCCUCCAUGGUCAAAGCAACCCUCCGAUAGAGACUUUCAACUUGUUCCGGGAGAGGAGCCCUUCACCGACAAUGCUACUUUCACUUUGUCACCCAGGCAAACUGCUACUUUCGGUGGCUGGAAACGCCCACAAGAUCUUCACCCUGGUACUGAAAUGGACGACGAGGCUUUCAUAAAUUCCAGCAGCGGCUGUGACCUUGUUCAGGACGUGACAACCGACUGUUCCGUAGUCGCCAGUUUAUGCGCCGCUAUGCGCAUUUUGACAGGUCGAAAUUCGGUUCUCUCGUCUAUCUUGUAUCCGUUUGACCAUACGAAAGGCAUGCCUAAGGUCUCUGCUUCUGGCAAAUAUGUGUUGAGGUUAUACUUCAACGGCUGUUUCCGCCGUGUUGUAAUUGACGAGCGACUCCCAUCUUCCACCACUGACCGAACCCUUUACGUGGUUGACCGGCUCAACCCCCAACUGAUUUGGCCCGCCCUUUUAGAGAAAGCCUAUCUCAAAAUUCGAGGCGGAUAUGACUUUCCAGGGAGUAAUUCAGGGACCGACCUCUGGGUACUUACUGGAUGGAUUCCAGAGCAGAUUUUUCUACAAAGGGAAGAUCUGGAGAUGGACAGACUGUGGAGGCGAAUCAAGAACGCACAUGAUUCCGAGAACGUGGUAGUCACGCUCGGCACGGGGCGAAUUUCUGCUGAAGAAGAGGACCUCCUGGGUCUCAUCGGAGAGCACGACUAUGCCAUCAUGGACCUCGGGAUGAUUGGCGACAGCCGACGCCUCUUGGUGAAGAACCCUUGGUGCGACGGUCCAGUUUGGAAAGGGGGCGUUGGCCAACCUUUCGAUGCUGGCUCGUUGGCCUCGCAAACAUCCAACUCCCAGUAUAAACCGCCUCCAUCUGCUGCUGGCUCGUUCUGGAUGACCUUGGAAGAUGUCCUUCAGCACUUUGAGUCGAUGUAUCUGAACUGGAACCCGACGCUUUUCCCCUGCAGGCAAGAUCGCCACUUCACGUGGAAAAUGCCUCCUCAGGAGCUUUCCUCGUCUCUAAUACGCAAUCCCCAGUAUUCACUGAAAUCACCCGGUGGUGGACCAAUCUGGAUCCUCGUAAGCCGGCACUUCGUGGACGCCGAGUUGGAGAUUGCUCGGAAUAGGAAUGGCACAAUGGCAGCAGUCUCUGGGAAACUCGGCUAUAUGAGUAUUCUCGUCUUUGACAAUGACGGCUAUAAAGUCCAGGUUGGCGAUGGGGAUAUAUAUCGCGGGCCUUACGUCGACUCACCGCAGACCCUCGCACGUCUUGACACAAGUCCAAACAAACGAUAUACUAUCGUCAUCGACCAGCACGAAUUUCCGCUGCCAGAAUAUACACUUACUCUUUCGUUCUUGUCGCAAGACCAGAUUGUGGUCAACGAGGCCGAGGACGCCAUGACGCACGUAAAAGAAGUCGCUGGCUCGUGGACGCGGCGGACCGCAGGAGGCAGCGCGGCUUGCACAACAUACGCUACAAACCCUCAGUACAAGUUAUCGAUCGCUCAAGCAGGGCCUCUUUCCAUUCUGCUUUCGACUGAUAUGCAAGACAUCCACGUACAUGUUGAUCUGGUUUGGUCGCAAGGAGGACGGGUGCAAACACUCAAAGUUCGAGAUCUUGCAGGCUCCUCAGGCGAAUAUCGGAGAGGCUGUUCAGUGGCAAACAUCCCUCAAGUUGAUGCUGGGAUAUACACUGUAGUAUGUUCGACAUUUGACGCCGGGCAGCUUGCUGAGUUCGUCCUUCGUAUCUCAUCCAUGACAGCCGUAACAAUACAGUCCGUCCCUGCUGAUGCAGCUGGGAGACUUCGCAAAUCACUCACCCCUUUCAGACUAUCAGACGGAGAAGAAGUUAGGCGUGCGCAACUCUCGGCUACCUGGUUGACUCGAAUGAGCGUGACCGCAAGAAGCGUCUCCAGCCCAGGCUUGGAUCCUAACAACCGACCCUCAUCUACCCUGAUGAUACGAGUCUCUGUAGCUCAUGGAUGGGACCCUGAACGGGCCACGAUCGCAACAUCUGGUGACGGUGAGUUCGAAGAGCUGAAAACCAUAGUGCGAACUCCCGAACUAGAUAUGGAGCCAGCUAGGAUACAGAGGGAGGGUAUGUGGUUAGUGGUUGAAAGCAUGGGCACGCCACGAGCAGGAGAGUACAUUGAAAUUGAAAUCCACAGUGAUGGGCCUGUCAACAUAGGGUCUUGGGCGCUUGUUUGA